GCAACUACAGAAUGAGCUGCACUGCACAGAAUAAGCAGCAAAUACAGAAUGAGCUGGACUGCACAGAAGAACUUUGUCAUAUUUGUCAUCUUGGUCUUUGGUUUGCAAGUGUCCCAGAGUUGGGAGGCAAGUGAAUGGGGAGGGAAAUACAGUCAGGAAACCAUCUGCGGUUUGACAGGAACCACGGUGAUCUUCAACUGCUCCUUCUGGUACCCACAAACGCAUGACGGCCACAUCAUAACAGUUGAAAAGACACUGUGGUUCACCAAAAGUUACAAUGAUCGACCUGAAGAUCUGACGAUGGACCCUCAGUACACUGAUCGUCUAGACCUAAACUGUCAAGGCAGCUCGUGCACUUUGUCAAUCAGAGAGCUGAGAAAGAGCGACGAGGGCAAAUACAAGUUCAAAUUCAUAACUAACGCUCCCAAAGGAGAACAUACUGUCGUGUCUGGAGUUACUCUGAAUGUCACUGAUCUCAGUAUAGCUCCCUUUGAGUCAUGGUUAUUACGAACUGUGACAUGUGAGAGUGAGUGCGACUCUCCUGUUGACUCUCCUUCGUACAUCUGGUAUGAGAAUGGGAAAAAAAAACAAGACUGGAACUACGUAAUGAUGCCAGCAUCAUAUGACGUUAGCUACUCCUGUGCUUUAAGAGGACACGAACAGCAUUUGUCUCCUCCAGUGUGUUUAAGAAACUCAUGUGACAAGGUGCUUUAUGAGUACAAAAGUAUCUGCGCCCUCAAAGGCUCCGAUGUGGACAUUACUUGCACUUACAGCCACCACAAGACAGUACAGGAAAAAUCCUGGUUCUGCCCAGACAAUGGCAACACUUGGAAUGUUCUCCCAGUGUUAAGGGCAUGGCAGUUGGACCACCGGUAUUCCACUUUUGAUAUGUAUGGCAAACGAUCAUGGCUACGAAUAAAAAAUGUGACGGAGAGUGAUUCUGCAGACUAUCGCUUCAAAUUCUCAGAAUGGGGAAGCGAUUUACCUGGAACAACAUUGACAGUCACAGCUGCGCGGGUGCAGGUGAUCAAGGCCGAAAAGAAUGACUCUUACACGGUCGCUUUGCUGUCCUGUCACUUGAGCUGCAGUCCUGGAGCUCGUUUAUCUUGGUGCUGGAUGCGGAAUAGAGGCCAAAAUGUUGACUGUUCUUAUAAGAGGACAAAAGAACAGAUAAUAACUUUACGUCCAGGAGAACACAUCACCUGUGCUGUUGAAGGAUAUCCAUUAAGUGUGUCUCUUCCACUAUAUGCUCUGAAAGCCCCCAGAGUGUUCUUGAGUCAUAAAAGUGAGAUCGUGGAGGGUGAUCUACUGACUCUGACCUGUAUAGCUGACACUCCAACAUCAUCGAGACACCGCUGGUACAAGAAAUGCAGAACGUCUGACUGUGAGGUCAUGGGUUAUGGAGAAAAGCUAGUCUUCAUCGCCAUCAUGUCUUCGGAUUCAGCUGAGUAUUUUUGUGCUGUGGAGAAUGAUCUGGGGGUGAAGAUGUCGCAACCCGUCGUAAUUGAUGUGAAAUAUGCUCCAAGGUUCUCUAAUUUGCUGGUGAGGCCAUCAAAUGUCGCUGAGGAGGGACAGCCAGUGAAUCUUACCUGCAGCAGUGAUGCUAACCCAGCUGCUAGCUACACCUGGUACAAGGACCAAACUAUGCUUCAGGAUUCAGAAAGAAAUUACUACGUUUUUAACUCCAUAAGCGCUGAAGAUGCUGGAAGCUACAAGUGCAUGGCCGAAAAUGAAUAUGGAUUAGCCUUAUCUUCACUUGUGGUCGUAGACAUCCAAUAUGUUCCUCGGCUACCAAGCAUCUCAGCGAGACCCUGUACUAACGUCAGCAUUGGUUCUUCGGUCAGAUUGACGUGUACCAGUGAUGCUAACCCCGCCGCUAGCUACUUUUGGUACAAGGACCACGAGGAGUCUCCCAGGUUCACGGGAGCCAUGUUCAACAUAAUCAACUUCCAACAGGACAACGAGGGCGAGUAUCACUGCGUGGCCCGAAACUCCCAAGGAAGCCGGAAUGCCACAGUCCUGCUCCGAGCAGAGAAAUUUAGGUCAAGGUCACAGGGUGCUCUAACAGCGGUGGCUGUGCGUUACGCCACAGCCGGCAUCCUGCUCAUCCUGCUUUUAGUCACCGUCCUGCUGUUCUGGAAAAAGACUACAUCAAAAGGCAGGAUGCACUCCAAAUUUCAGCCAAACACAAAUGAAGACAGCAGCAGGGAUCAACUGAAGGAGGGGGUGGCAUUCUCCGAACACUCUCCAAUCUACUCCAAUGUCACCAACGACAAAACAGACCAGGAUGAGGAUGAAUACGAUAGUGUGGUGGACACAGUCAUCUAAUGUGGUGGCCAAGCCUCAGGAUGAGUUCUGCAUCAUUCUUUUCACCUCUUUAAACAUAAUUUUAACGACUCUUUUUCGCCUAGAGACUAAAAUUGAUCCAGACAUCCAUGAUUAGUCCACAACACAACCCCCAAUCCAUUCUGAUACUGAUACUGUACAUGCAUGAGUAAAACUGAGUUCAUAAGUUUAAAUACCAUUGCCUGAAAUUAAUCAGGAAGUUAGCAAAUUCGGGUUUGAUUAAGCCAUUUUGGGCGAAUUACCUUAAGAGUAACGCAUGGAAAAAUACAGAAAAAUUCAAACUUUGAAAUCCGUUCUUCCCGCUGACACCAAAUCGGGAGAAAAAGAGGCAUGAGAAAUUGCCAAGAUGCCAAGAUGGUAGUAAGAGAAAAUAUUGCCGGCCACAACACAACCAGUUACACCGACACAAAAUUGGAUAGACAUCUAUCAUAACAGGAUGCACCAAAUAGUGUCACUUAAAAUAAUCUUCGCAAAAUGUACUAAAAUUGUAUUAUUGUUUUUCUUUUUAAACCAUUUAAAGGCAAAAUGGUUAUAAAGUGGCUUCAUGUCUGUUAAAUUUAUGCUUUUUCUUUGCUGGAUUUUUAUUUAUUUAUUUAUUUUUUGUACUCAAAUGCAAUAACAGUAAAUGCAUUUUUACUGCGCUACCAAUAUGUUCAGGAUGGGCGGAUCGAUACCAAAAUAUCGAUAUUUCGAUCCAGCGUUUUAGGUAUCGAUCCCCAAGCAAAAGUAUCGAUAUUUGGAAUAAAUAUAUUAUAUUUUCUUUGACUGUUUUUUGGGUAUAUUUUUGUACACUUUUUGUACGACUUUUGCCUUUCGCGUUCUACACGCACGUAAGCAGUACACGCACAUUAGCAGAGCACUGGUGUCUGCUCUCGCCCCCAUUUACGUCCCUAUCAUAUGUCGAUCAGCAUGCUUUUCCUCCGCCCCUCUCACGAGGCACCAACACAGUCACAACAAACAUUUGGAAGCUAGUGGUAGCAUGGCUGUGGCAUCUACGACAGAUCGUAAAAGAAGUCUGGUUUGGACAUAUUUCAUUUCAAUAAAUAGCAACGAGGCUAAGUGCACAGUUUGUGCCGAAACUGUCAGAUAUUCUGGUUAUACCAAAAGCCUGACGAAACACUUAAGAAACGUGCAUCCUGAAGCACAUGACGAAUUAAAUGAAAAACAUGCCGCUCAAGCUGAGGAGGACACGAGA